UUUCUCCACAGAAACACUCAACACAAUCCCCAAGGUGGGAGCAUUAUUCUCUCUUAAUUUAUUUCUCUCUUCUUUCUCUUUAUGCCACUUUGUGUUUUUUCUGUGUCUUUUUUAGGGUUUUGUUUUGUAGUUUUGUUUUUGAAGAUUAUGGCUCCGGCAAUGGCAGCUGAGAAGAACAAUAAGGCCAUUGCAUCUGAAGUUCAGAUGUUCCAAAAGGGAGUGAAGCAUCUGUGUGAAAACGGCUUGAGCAAGCUCCCUUCUAAGUAUGUGCUUCCCAAUUCGGAGCGUCCCGACUUGUGCCAACCUGAUGGUGGCCAUGUCCUCAAUGUCGUUGGCACCGUUGAGCUGCCCGUCAUUGACUUCGCCGAGCUCCUUGGCCCCAAUCGUAGACAAGUCCUCCGUUGUCUGAGCGACGCCUGCCAAGAAUUUGGCUUCUUUCAGUUGAUAAACCAUGAAAUUUCAAGCGAAGUGAUAACGAACGUGAGAGAAGUAUGCUCAAAGUUCUUCGAGCUUCCAUUCGAGGAGCGAGCGAACUACAUGUCGUCCAACAUGCAUGCGACAGUGCGUUACGGGACAAGUUUCAACCAAAACAAAGACAACGUUUUCUGCUGGAGAGACUUCCUGAAGCUGACUUGCAACCCCAACUUGGAGCACCUCCUCCCCCACUGGCCUUCGUCUCCGGCCGCCUUCCGUGGCUCAGCCGCCGCCUAUGCCCAGCAAACCCGAGGCCUGUUUCUGAUGUUGGUGGAAGCCAUUGUUGAGAGCUUGGGGGUUAUGGAUGAGAAAGAAGAAGAGAGGGAGAUUGUGAAGGAGUUUGAAGAUGGAAGCCAAUUAAUGGUGGUGAAUUGUUACCCUCCAUGUCCACAGCCUGAGCUAACCCUAGGAAUGCCACCACACUCUGAUUAUGGCUUCCUCACUCUUCUCCUUCAAGACCAAGUUGAAGGCCUUCAAAUUCACUUCCAAAACAAAUGGGUCACUGUAAAACCUUUGCCCAAUUCCUUUGUUGUCAACAUCGGUGAUCAUCUUGAGAUAUUCAGCAAUGGAAGGUACAAGAGUGUUCUUCACAGGGUAGUGGUGAAUGCAGACAGGCCAAGAAUCUCAGUGGCAACACUGCACAGCCUUCCUUUCAACUCCACAAUCAAGCCAUGGCCAAAGCUUGUGAAUGAAGAGAAUCCAAAGCUUUAUAAAGACACUGAUUUUGAAACUUUCCUUGAAUACAUCACCUCUCGUGAGCCUAAAAGGAAGAACUUCUUAGAGUCUAGAAAAAUUAUUUAUUGAUAUAUAUAUAUAUAUAUAUAUAAAAAACAGAAGGGUUUUUGGUAUUUGUCAAGGGUAAAGUUGGAAGAGGGAAAAUUGGAUUGUUAAUUGUGCUUUUAACUAGGGGUUGGGAUUGGUAUGAUAUUAUGUAAUGAGUUUUGGGAUUUUGUGGGUCUAAAGGAAACCCUAGUUUAUGAUUCCCCUUUUUUCAACUUAGAUGAUAUAUAUAUGGUGAAUUGUUGUUUUUGUAAUUGAGAAAUUGUGGAGGAGAAUUUGGAAGAA